UCCAUCGCGCCUGCGCCCUGCGCCGAGCCCAGAUUUUGUACGGGAUCCCCGAUCGUGCCGCACAGAGCGGAGCUUGUACUGCUGGCGCUGACACCGGGCGCCGUCCAGGAGGGAAUUAAAGCAAGCACGGCCGGGAUCACCCCCCUGACUUGCACACCUACCCCUGCUAUCCCCCUCCAGGCGGUCAGUGGGGUCUCCAUUGUGUUCGCAUCAGGUGAAUCCGCAGCGCCACCCGCGACACAAAAUGGGUAAACAGAACAGCAAACUCGCCCCUGAGGUGAUGGAAGAUCUGGUGAAGAGCACAGAGUUUAAUGAACAUGAACUCAAACAGUGGUAUAAAGGCUUCCUAAAGGACUGCCCAACUGGCCGGCUGAACCUGGAUGAGUUCCAGCAGCUCUAUGUAAAGUUUUUCCCAUACGGAGAUGCAUCAAAGUUUGCCCAACACGCUUUCAGAACCUUCGAUAAAAACGGAGAUGGAACCAUUGACUUCAGAGAGUUUAUAUGUGCACUGUCCAUCACUUCAAGGGGAAGCUUCGAACAGAAACUUAAUUGGGCUUUCAAUAUGUAUGACCUGGACGGGGACGGCAAAAUCACCCGAGUGGAGAUGCUGGAGAUCAUUGAGGCUAUUUAUAAAAUGGUGGGCACUGUGAUCAUGAUGAAGAUGAACGAGGACGGCCUGACGCCCGAGCAGAGGGUAGACAAGAUUUUCAGCAAGAUGGAUAAGAACAACGACGAUCAAAUCACACUGGACGAGUUCAAAGAAGCCGCAAAGAGCGACCCUUCCAUCGUAUUACUGCUCCAGUGUGACAUUCAGAAAUGAGCUGGGUCCCCCCCUUCCCCCCACAAACCGGCGCGUUUCGGACUGCACAGAAAUGUCAAUGUUCCAUUCAGUUUGCAGCUAUCUCCACAACGAAAACC